AUGUUAAAUUCUCGACAGGUGAAUAAUGCAGGGAUCCGUGGACUUAAAAUUGAUGCAGAGGGUUUUGCGCGUUUAGGCCUCAAGACCGGCAAGGAGGUAAUUUUUCACAAAACAACAUUUUUGGUUUUUUUCAGAAUGUUUCCAAUGGUUGAUGGGCUGGCAGAAGGAAAGGUAGACGAUGUGGUGAAUGAAUUUCUGCAGGAUGCUAAGGAGGAUUUGCUGAAGAAGAAAGGGUGGCCUUCCGUUUUAUUUGCUUAUAUCAUCCCACUAGCAGCUCUCAGUGCCUUCACAAGGAAUAUAGCUAGAAAGUUCCCUAAUUUCCGCGUCAAUGUAGUUCAUCCUGGCUUUGUUAAGAGAAACAUGAGCUAUGUGGGCCAGUACACCCUCGAAGAAGGUGCAAGAGGCCCCGUACAGCACGCCCUAGCACUUGCCGGUGGACCUUCUGGUCAGUUCCUCUUUCAGAGCGAACUAUCACACUUCUGA